UGGAGGAACCAGGCGAAGCGGGCGGGCGAAAUGUUGGAGCAAAACUGACAGCCAGCAUUGCCCCCCUUCACUUCCACUCCGUAGAUCAGGAUAGUGAUAGAGAAGCUUGGCUCUCAUCAAGGCUUCCAACCAUCCUCUAUCUAUCGCUUCCAAUCGCUUCCACUCCAAAAAGCACUCGACUAAAGGGCCACCUGAAACCCUCCACCUCAGAUCAUGACCACCACCAUCUGCACCCGCUUCACUGAGGAAUUCCAGAUGUUUGAGGAACUGGGCAAGGGAGCUUUUUCAGUGGUGCGGCGGUGCCUGAAGGUCCUCUCAGGCCAAGAGUAUGCUGCUAAGAUCAUCAACACCAAGAAGCUAUCUGCCAGGGAUCACCAGAAGCUGGACAGAGAGGCCAGGAUCUGCCGACUGCUGAAGCACUCCAACAUCGUGCGUCUCCAUGACAGCAUCUCGGAGGAAGGACAUCACUACCUGAUCUUUGACCUAGUGACGGGCGGUGAACUCUUCGAAGACAUUGUUGCUCGAGAGUACUACAGUGAGGCUGACGCCAGUCAUUGUAUUCAGCAGAUUCUGGAGGCAGUGCUUCAUUGUCAUCAGAUGGGAGUCGUUCACAGAGACCUCAAGCCUGAGAACCUUCUGCUUGCCUCCAAGUCCAAGGGAGCUGCAGUGAAGCUGGCAGACUUUGGCCUGGCCAUCGAGGUGGAGGGGGACCAACAAGCCUGGUUUGGCUUUGCAGGGACACCUGGUUACCUGUCUCCUGAGGUCCUGAGGAAGGACCCAUAUGGCAAAGCUGUGGACCUGUGGGCAUGCGGUGUGAUCCUGUACAUCCUACUGGUGGGAUAUCCUCCGUUCUGGGAUGAGGACCAGCACAGACUGUACCAGCAGAUCAAGGCUGGGGCCUACGAUUUCCCCUCGCCAGAGUGGGACACUGUUACUCCAGAGGCCAAGGAUCUCAUCAACAAGAUGUUGACCAUCAACCCUGCCAAGCGCAUCACAGCCUCUGAGGUUCUCAAACAUCCCUGGAUCUCACACCGCUCCACUGUGGCCUCCUGCAUGCACAGACAGGAGACGGUGGAGUGCCUGAAAAAGUUCAACGCCAGAAGAAAACUCAAGGGUGCCAUUCUCACCACCAUGUUGGCGACUCGGAACUUCUCAGGAGGUAACAAGGCCAACAAGAAGACUGAUGGUGUGAAGAAAAGGAAGUCCAGUUCCAGCGUCCAGCUGAUGGAAUCCUCUGAAAGCACCAACACCACUAUUGAGGACGAAGACACCAGAGUGAGGAAACAGGAGAUCAUCAAGGUAACAGAGCAGCUCAUAGAAGCCAUCAGCAAUGGAGACUUUGAGAGCUACACUAAGAUGUGUGACCCCAGUGUGACAGCGUUUGAGCCAGAAGCUCUGGGUAAUCUGGUGGAAGGCCUGGACUUCCAUCGCUUCUACUUUGAGAACUUGUGGUCUAAGAACAGUAAGCCUGUCCACACCACCAUCCUGAACCCCCACAUCCACCUGAUCGGGGAGGAAGCUGCCUGCAUCGCCUACAUCCGCAUCACCCAGUACAUCGACACCAACGGCAUGCCCCGCACUGCCCAGUCUGAGGAGACACGCAUCUGGCACCGCCGUGACGGCAAGUGGCAGAUAGUCCACUUUCACCGCUCUGGAUCACCCUCCGCCAUCACCAAGUAAACCAGUCUGGUCAGGCAAUCUCUCGUCUUCCCUUCUGACCCCAGCUGAGCUCUAGAGCAGGAGGGUUUGAGUGAGACGUCCCUCUGAGUGACACCGGUGGGUUACCAGCCGGCUGCAUGGGGACACAGAGGGACGCCCACCGACCGGCCUGAGGAACCACGAGCCCGCCCUCCUACACGCCACAUCUCAUUUCUUUACUUGAAAUCAGUUUACGUCUCCUCUCAUAUCCAUCACAAGCAAAUCACAUUAACGUCACACUAUGUCACGCUCUCAUGUAUGUAUUGUAUAUGCUGUGUGUGUCAGGAACAUUUAAGCCUUGUCACACUGUCUCUCUGCUCGUUCUUCUCUGACCUUCUUGGUUCUUGUCAUACUACAGUACUUGGCAGAGGCACAAUUAGUACCAAUGGAUCUAUGAGUAAGAUUCAAUCUGUAAAAUAUAGCUGAGGGAAGUAGGGAUACUGAGUGUGCUGAUUUUUUUAUAAUCCCCACAAAAUGUGUGAACUAGGCCUUUAUUACUCCUGUUUGCAGAGCAGAGAAAUACCCCUCCCCUCAAUAUAAAUUAUCCUCAGCCACACCCCUCAUCGACCAAAAUCUCCUUAUAACCCACCCCCGUAAACAUCUUCCCGCUGCUCUAAAGCGCUCGCAGUAAUCGGUACCUACAGUUUCCCUUACACUUAAAUGUUUUUAUUCAACAAUGCUCCCUCAACAAUUCUCCCUCAACAAUGCUCCCUCAACAAUGCUCCCUCAACAAAUCAGUACAUUAAUAUUUAAUUAUUACAUUAAAAGUCCAGUCAGAAAUAACAAGUCAUAGUAAUAUAAUAGUCACAUAAAUUUCUACAUAAUAUAAUAUUAUACUGUAUGUGGGAGGAGCAUCAAAGCACUUCUUUAGGUUCUUCCAAUGAGGACUGAGGGUAGAUACCAUAUAUCUUCCUCCUUUUUAUUGUUGUCAAUACAAACCCUCUCUUACCUGUUAGAGCAGUUAUCUUACUUGCAGCAGACAGUGUAAACUACAGUAUUCUGCCUACUUCAGAGUAAGAAGCAAUUCAAAAAGACCACUAACACUGCCCCAGGAUUUUCUGCAAUAAGUUAGAUUGGUGUUUUUAUACUAAAUAGUGUGAUCUUCUGAUUAUAGAUUUGUUGUGGAUUUUAAAAAAUGACAAUUGAUUUGAAUGACUUUGUUUUAUUGAUGUCCCAUUCCCUCUAUUUCGUCACUCUCCAGUGUUAACAUCACUGUUUAUUACAUGCAAGUGUAUAAAUUAACUUUGGAUCUCUCUGCUUGUGUUUCUAGUUCUCAAAUUUGUCAAAUGUGAUAUUUCAGAUGUACUCUCAGAGAUGUAUAAAUUAUUUUAUCUUUUUACUGUUCGAAGAAUGUCAAAAUGGGACAAAUAAGAACAUGAUAUCACCUCUAAACUGCAGUUGUGUUUCCCUGUGUUUUAACAAUAAAUGCCUCAUGGAAUAUUUGAUUGUGCUUUGAAAAACUGCCAGAAUUGAAUUUGAUUUAAACAAAAUGUGUUUACUAUUGGCAGAUCAACACAGAUAUAUAUCAAACUUUGUACUGUAAAGCAAUUUGUGAAAAAUCUGCUGAAUACGACAAACAAAUCUUUUCCUCAAAAUAAAGGAUAAAAGAAGAACCACAACAGCCAAAUCCUCUGUGUAUGCUUUCUAGAACUGAUUCUACAGAUUGUAUACUUGUUUUAUACAGUAGUUUAGUAUUUUAGUGUAAAUGGCCAGGCCUACAGCCUACUGCUUUAAAACAGCACUGCUGCUCUGAUGUUGCUGUUUCUUUCCUGGCACUAUUCAACGGAGCACAUUGAGGACCUUAUGGUACUGUAUAGGAGCUAUUGUAGGAUUUAUAUUAUUCUGGAUAUGAGAUGCUUUCUUUAUACUAUUCUGGAUAUGUGACGCUUUAUUUCUUUAUAUUAUUCUGGAUAUGAGACGCUUUCUUUAUAUUAUUCUGGAUAUGAAACUCUUUCUUUAUAUUAUUCUGGAUAUGAAACUCUUUCUUUAUAUUAUUCUGGAUAUGAAACUCUUUCUUUAUAUUAUUCUGGAUAUGAGACUCUUUCUUUAUAUUAUUCUGGUUAUGUGAAGCUUUCUUUUUAUUAUUCUAGACAUGUGGCACUUUAUUUCUUUAUAUUAUUCUGGUUAUGUGAAGCUUUCUUUUUAUUAUUCUGGAUAUAUGCCUUUCCUUUGAAGCAUGUGAGUUUGUUAUGUGCUCGAAGUUAAUGUGUCUGUUUUUGAAAAUUAUUUUCUGAAGGGUCAAAGUCAUCAUUUGCAAUUGUUAUAUAAUAUACUGUGAAUUUGGGUCUGUAAAUAAAAACAUUAUAAUGAUAAGGCA